CCAUCUCCCCCCCUCUCUCUCUCUCUCUCUCUCUCUCUCGCCGUCGUCAGGUCUCGGAGCUCCGGCGGAGGGAUUUCGGCGCCGAUCGCAAGUCGCCGCCCAAACGCCGGAGUUCGCUCCCUUCGUUUGUCUUUCCGGAUCGCGAGGCCGGCGAGCCUCUCCGUCUCUGUAAGUGCGCGCGCGGUGUCCUUAGAACAAGCGUGGUUCUUUUGAUUCAUCCGAGCUCCAUUGCUUCGAGCGGCUCCGACUUCCGAAUUUCCUGUGGACCGAGUUUUUUGCUGGUUCUUUUGUUUCCCCGCAUUACGCGGCGUGUGUUGUUGCAAAAAAAAUUAAUUCCUGCCGAGGCGAUUGAGGAGUCCACGGUGGAGUGCCCUCUUGCGCGAGGAUGAAGAGGUGGUGCACUCACUGCGCCAAGUUCGUGGAGGUGGACCGACCGCACGAUGGCGCCUUAGGCUGUACGGAAUGCGGAAAGGUGUUGGAAGAUUUCAAUUUUUCGUUCGAACCCACUUUUAUGAAGGAUGGGGCUGGGCAGAGCCAUCUGUCUGGAAAUUAUGUGAGGACAGUCCAGAGCGAGUAUUCUGUUUCACGUGAAAGAACAGUGGACAGAGCUAAUGAGGAUAUGAAAAAUUUGUGCUAUGGUCUAGGGAUGGAUCAGCCUGACGGUAUCGUUAGGACAUCUCUGGCAUUCUACCGAAUUGCACUGGAAAAGAAUUUUACCAGGGGUCGCAGAACAGAACAAGUGCAGGCGGCUUGUAUUUACAUUGCCUGUCGGGAAAGCAAAUUGCCGUAUCUCUUAAUUGAUUUCUCAAACUUGUUGAAGAUAAAUGUUUACGUGCUAGGUGCUGUAUUUUUGCAGCUCUGCAAAGUUCUUUGGCUUCAUGAACACCCCAUCGUACAAAAGCCUCUUGAUCCUUCUCUUUUCAUUCAUAAAUAUACAGCUAGUUUAUCUGGGGGAAGGAAUAAUGAAGUAGCCAGAACUGCCUUGCGCAUUAUAGCCAGCAUGAAGAGGGACUGGAUGCAGACAGGGAGGAAACCCAGUGGACUCUGGGGAGCUGCUGUAUAUGUAUCUGCAGUUGCGCAUGGAUUGAAGUGUUCGAAAGCAGAUGUCUUAAGGCUGGUGCAUAUUUGUGAAGCAACAUUGACAAAGCGAUUGGUUGAAUUUGAGAAGACAGAGUCUGGUAGCUUAACGAUUGAGGAGUUAAAUACCAAGGCAAAGCUUGAAGAGAAAAGUUCAGCAAAACAACCAAAUAUGGGGUUGAAUGUAUCUGGCUCAAGAGAAUUGCUUUGUGAACACAAGGAUACGGAUGUACCUCAUUUUGCCAUUGGACUUUGUCAAUCUUGUUACAAUGAAUUUGUGGAAUUUUCGGGUGGUCUUGAAGGAGGCUUAGAUCCUCCAGCUUUCCAACGUGCUGAGAAGGAAAGAUUGGCUAAGUCAUCUCUUGGAGAAAAAACAAGUGAAACAACUUCGCAUGAGAAUGAGCCUGACACUCUAGCAGCAUGUGGCACUGAGAAGUCACGAUCAGCCGAGCCUGAAAAAACUGAUCAACCAACUGAUGUGAAUGAUGGUUUUCGAGUGGAUGAAGCAAACAAUGGGAAUGCUAAUGCUGGUGAUGAAUCAGACACCCUCUCUGAUAUUGAUGAUAUUGAGGUUGAUGGCUAUCUUCACAACGAGGAGGAGAAGCAUUAUAAAAAGAUUAUUUGGGAGGAAAUGAACCGGGAAUACCUUGAGGAACAAGCUGCUAAGGAAGCAGCUGCAGCAGCUGCAAAGGAAGCUUAUGCAGCCAAUUUCAAGAACACAGAUGACUUCCAAGCUGCACAGGAGCUGGCCGCAGCUGCUGCUGCAGCUGUGGCUAAAUCAAGAAAGGAAAGGCAACAAAAACGAGCUGCCGAAGCAAAGACCUCCACUCCUGCGCAGACUGCUGCAGAAGCCGCCCGGCAAAUGCUAAUUAAGAAGAGACUUAGUUCCAAGAUAAACUACGAUGUACUGGAGAAACUAUUUGAUGAACCUGUGAUCCCAGAGAACCCCAAGAAAAGACGAACAGAAUUGGAUACCAACAAUGAUGACAAGAUGCCUAGCAGCAAAGAGGUUGAAGCCGAGGAUGUCGAAACAAACGUUGACGAUGUGGGAUUGGAUGAUGAGCAGGAGGAUGAUGACACUAAAGGAGCGGAUGGUGAUUUAUAUUACGGAAACGAAGAGGAAAUGUAUGGUUACGACGAUGGAAAUUAUGAUUAUGAUGGCUUUUAAUCAUAUCCGAAAACUAACUUUCUUCUGAUAUUUAAAAGCCUCGUCUGUUAGAGAGCGAGGGUUGUGAGUAUAGGGAGAUCUCUUUUUGUACAGUAUCAGUUGGUCGUCACCAAUUUUGAGUUUCCCCCAUUUGGGAAAGUAGACAGUUCUAGUUUGGAGAUUUUGCUCCUUUACUAUGUUUUUCUCAUAAAGGGUAAUAACAAUUCUUCGAAGGCAAGGCUAUCGCUCCGCAAGAGAGCAUCUUGUACCGCCAAAUUCUUGUGCAAUCAACCCGAUAGUAUCUAUUUCUCUCCUUAUCAACUCUA